UGAAACAAUUGUCUGCUAGGAAUUGGGUCUGUUUAUCAGCUGAUGGCUGCAAUCUUACGAAGUAUAAACUGGCUUUUGUACUAUUAAGUUUAGAAAUGAAGUUAGCUUUAAUCCAAUGUGCUGUUUCUCCUAAUAAAGAGAACAAUUUAGAAAGAGCUUGUACCCUUAUCAAAAAGGCUGCACAAAAUGGAGCAAACCUUGUUUGCUUACCUGAAUGCUUUAAUGCACCCUAUGGUGUGAAAUAUUUUAAUCAAUAUGCAGAAUCCAUUCCUGGAUGUACUAGUGAAAUGCUGUCAAAAAAUGCCAAAGAAAACGAUAUUUAUUUAAUCGGAGGUACCUUUCCUGAAAGGGAUGGUGACAAAUUAUUCAAUACAUGUUUGGCUUAUGGACCAGAUGGCAGUUUAUUAGCAAAACAUCGUAAAGUUCAUCUUUUUGAUAUUGACAUUCCUGGGAAAAUUACAUUCAAAGAAUCUGAUGCUUUGGCACCUGGAAAUUCACUUACCAUGUUUACUAUGGGCAAAUGGAAAGUAGGUUUAGGCAUCUGUUACGACAUUAGAUUUCCUCUCAUGGCAAAUAUAUAUGCAGAAAAAGGUUGUAAUCUUUUAGUUUAUCCUGGAGCUUUUAAUAUGACUACAGGUCCUGCACACUGGGAAUUGUUACAAAGAGCUCGAGCUGUGGAUAAUCAAUUAUAUGUUGCUACUAUUUCACCAGCCAGAGAUGAAAGUGCAUCAUAUAAUGCAUGGGGACAUAGUACACUAGUCAAUCCAUGGGGAAGUGUUGUCACCACUACAGAUGAAAAAGAGUCGAUUGUUUAUGGGGAAAUAGAUAUAGCAAAAGUGGAUGAAGUGAGAGAACAGAUUCCAAUAUUACAUCAGAAAAGGAAAGAUUUAUAUCAUAUUGAAUAUAAGCCUUUUGAUAGUUAAUUGUAAAAUGUUCCUAUAUAAAAAUUUGAUACAUUUUAUAUCAGAUUUCUCUAUUGCUUUUAUAAUUAAAUUGUCAAACCAAAAGAAAAGAAUUUAUAUAUAUUAAUAAUAUUUUAACAGUUGUUAUUUUAUCUGAGAUUUUUUUCGUCAUUGGUUAUGUAUUGUAUGUAAGAAGUUGAAAAUAAAUUAAUGUUGUUUUUG